AAGAGCGCUCGCGGCCCACGCUCCGCUCCCGCCGCGCCUCCUCCCUGGCCGCGCUCCCUCCCGGCACCCGGCUUCUCCCAGCCAGCAACCUGCGGCAGCGACGGCCGCCCAGCCCCUCCCGGCAGCACCAUGACAGAUCAGGCCUUUGUGACACUGACCACAAACGAUGCCUACGCCAAAGGAGCUCUGGUCCUGGGCUCAUCUCUGAAACAGCACAGGACCACCAGGAAGCUGGCCGUGCUCACCACUCCACAGGUCUCAGACUCCAUGAGAAAAGUUUUAGAGACAAUCUUUGAUGAAGUCAUCACAGUAGACGUCUUGGACAGUGGUGAUUCUGCGCAUCUAACCUUAAUGAAAAGGCCUGAGUUGGGUGUCACGUUAACUAAACUCCAUUGCUGGUCACUUACACAGUAUUCAAAAUGUGUGUUCAUGGAUGCAGAUACUCUGGUCCUAGCAAAUAUUGAUGAUCUUUUUGAGAGAGAAGAAUUGUCGGCGGCACCAGACCCCGGGUGGCCUGACUGCUUCAAUUCUGGAGUCUUUGUUUAUCAGCCUUCAGUUGAAACAUACAAUCAGCUGUUGCACCUUGCUUCUGAGCAAGGCAGUUUUGAUGGUGGGGACCAGGGUUUACUGAACACAUUUUUUAACAGCUGGGCAACAACAGAUAUCAGAAAACACCUGCCAUUUAUUUAUAACCUAAGCAGCGUUUCUAUAUACUCCUACCUCCCAGCAUUUAAAGCAUUUGGGGCAAAUGCCAAAGUUGUGCAUUUCCUGGGACAAAUCAAACCUUGGAAUUAUACUUAUGAUCCUAACACAAAAAGUGUCAAAAGUGAGUCCCAUGAUCCCACCAUGACUCAUCCAGAGUUUCUCAACCUGUGGUGGGACAUCUUCACCACCAACGUGUUACCUCUGCUUCAACAAUUUGGCCUUGUCAAAGACACCCACUCAUGCCUGAAUGUGCUUUCAGACUUGGUCUAUACACUGGCUUUCUCUUGUGGCUUCUGUAGAAAGGAAGGUGUCUCAGGAGCCAUAUCACAUCUGUCCCUUGGGGAGAUCCCGGCUGCGGCACAGCCUUUUGUGUCCUCAGAAGAACGGAAGGAGCGGUGGGAACAGGGCCAGGCUGAUUACAUGGGAGCAGAUUCCUUUGACAACAUCAAGAGGAAACUUGACACUUACCUCCAGUAGAAACACUGCCAUUUUCCCAUGGACACAUCCACUUCACAGGCCCUUGUUUCAGAUACUUAGUGUCUAGAUCUGGGUUAGGAAAGGUCUGUUACAGUUGCUAGAAGCUUUGCUAGAAUUCAUCAGAUGAGGGGAUUUUUCAGGACAACGGGGAGAACUGGGCAAAAGUUGUGAAGUAGCAGUUCUGUUAUGUGGACAGCAUUCUGCUUUUUAACCCUAGGCUUAUUCAUUAUUCAGUUCAUGUGUUGGAAGUUCUUAAUUUUGCUGAUGGCCAACAUAUGUGGUGGUAGGAGAAGUCAAGCUAAUUAAGAUGGCUGUAUCGACUCUAAGAAUGUGCCAAUGCAGGCUCUAAACCAGUCUCCCUUCAGAAAGGGACAAGGUAUCUCUCUCUCUCUCGCUUGCACGUUGUACCUUUCACUAGACCUGCAUUUUAUUUAGAAUUGCCCAGAGACUGCCAGAGUGAUUGUAAUUCUGCUUUCAGGUGAAGACAGCCUGUAACACUGCUGAGUGAUUCAUAAACCUAUCAACAAAUGGUGUUAACCCAUUUUAUUUCCUAAUUGUAGUGUCUGAAAUUGUUCGCCAGUUUUCUAUGUACAGUAAGGCAGCAUGCUAAAAUGCUUUUGUUCAGUUCUGUAUAUCUGUAAACAGCUUGUGCUCUCUGAUGGUUACCUGCGGUGGCACCUUGUAUGAAAAUAAAGACUUCUUGCCAUAUCUUGUCUAAUUAAGGGAUUCCCACUCCCCUGGAAAAAAAAUGUAUUAGGCAGUUUUUCCUAAUUUGUAGAAUUUGUCAGUGUUUUAAAAACCAGUGUAAAACUUGACACUUGGAAUUGGUUUUUAGAUAUCUAGAAAUAUUUCAAUCUAGUGUUCUCCAGUGACAGUGUUGGAUGUGAUCGAUGGAGGAAAGUGAGAUCAAAUUUAUCUAAUCUCUCACAUUAUAUCUCCGUAUCAAGUGAAUAUUCAGACUUUAGAAAAUAUGUUAAAAUCAUCAUAGGUUCAUUGUCAGUCUCUGGACAUACUUGAUAAUCUUUCCAGGACUGUUCGAAUCAGUACUGGAACCAGUGACUUCUAGUGUUUUUAUCCAUGAAUUAAAAUUAUGUUAAGUGUAAAGAGUAUUUAUUAAAUGUAUAGAUGACUCUAGGUUGCGAGGAUGGCAAGCCAGUGAAGGGCAGGAUCCAGAGUGACCUUUUAAAACCAAUGUGAGUAAUCUUUCUAUUGGGGGGAAGAAACCAACCAACCAACCAACCAGGAAAGAAGACCAUGACCAGAAAUUUUAGAGGUUUAAUUGGGCAGUAGCUACAAUGGCUUUUAUGACGUAACUAACCUUCAAGGUCGCUCUUCUUUAUUUCCACAAUAUCCUACUGGUUACACAAGUCAGCCCUAUUCAAUAUGGGUGUGAAUGAAUACACAGGGAUACGGAAUCCUGGAGGCAAGAAUGGUUAAGGGCCACCUUGGAGGCUGGCUACAGAAGAGCUCAAGAAGAACCUGAGGAUUUACCUAAAAUUGUAAAAUAUCAAAUAAGUGAUUUCUGAAGAUAAACUACAAUUAUUUGGACUGGUGGAGGAGUUGCUAUAAUCGUCAAGUACACUAAGCACUACUGGAGAUUUAAGUGCCUCCAUGUUUCAGGUGCUGUGGUGCCUCUUCUCAAAAUACUCCUAAAUCCAAGGAUCUCCGCGUUGGGGGGAUUAUCAGGAUGCAACCCCAUUAUAGGUCAAGAGAUGUAUAUAUAAAAUAAGGAACUGGUUUCCUGGCAUCCUCCAAAGGUAACCAAGGUGAUUUUGGGGGGAUUGUGUUCUAAGCCAUCAUUAUGAAUUAGUGAAUUUUAAUGUAGUUGGUUUCAACCCAUUUAAAGAUCUAACUGUUGGGGCGCCUGGGUGGCUCAGUCGGUUAAGCGGCUGCCUUCAACUCAGGUUAUGAUCUCAGGGUCCUGGUUUUGAGCCCCGCAUCGGGCUCCUUGCUCAGUAGGGAGUCUGCUUCUCCCU